ACGCUAAUGCCGCCUCUGUUGUAGGUGAGACUUCCACAUACCUCGCGCGGGCGUUCUGGAGGAUUGAUAAUUUCUUUGACUGCGAAAUAGAAAGCGCACGUCCGCUCGAGAGAAGCAAGAUCGACGUUCUCAGCGUGAAACUUCAAGAGUAACUACCUCUUUAGAGCAGGUGCAAGGUCUAUUGAUUAUCUAUUCUCAACAAGAUCGCAUUCCCUGAAGAUCCCAGCUCAAUUGCAUCAAUCUGCAUCGCCGGACAUGCCUACCGGUGGCAAAGGCAACAAACCUAGACCUCGGUUCUCCUUUGUCAAUCUCGAAUUCGAGGCUGGUGAAGUCAGCUGGGUCAAGAGGCACGCUGGGCCAACAAGGAGCCAUGCAGCAUACUGGGGUGGUCCUGUAGGAGCACAACGCCACCAACAUAAUGCCGACACACCUGCACUCAACGCAGUCAGGUAUCAUGCUCCUCCUCAAGAAGCAGGACCAGUCUACGGGUGCUUCCCAACUCGAAGCUCACGACGUUGGCAGGCAAUAGCCACCAAAACCAUUGAAUAUCCGCCUCUAAUGUUAUCUACCCCUACUCCUCGCCAGUUCGAACCCGAUCCCUUGCUAUAUCUUCCCUCGCUACCUUUCGAAAUAAGUGGGACGAUUACUUCAGCCGCAGUCUGUUCGUCACUCUUCGAGUUCUUUGGUGAGACCUUCGUCAAACGGUUCCUUACGUCCUAUCAUGAGGAUGCAUCAAUCAUGUUCUGCGGUUGUCUGCUGCUCAGCUAUGCUCACAACAUGGCGUUGACUGGUGUGGGCAUGAAGACUGUGUUGCUGCAGCUCAAGGGCCAACUUAUCCGCCAACUUAACACGAAGAUAGCAACCUCGAACAUACUCAGUCCUCGAUGCUUGACAGCAAUUCUCGCUCUGGGAGCUCCAAUCGUCUGCCUAGCCUCUCAGGACCUGCCUAACUCUCUAAGUAUCCGAGAUUAUGUCGAUGCGUCCGCCAAAGGCGACUGCCUAUGCUGUCGCGAACCUUCGGACAUGGCACCACGGGCGCUUGCCGAGCUAAUUGUACACAGACAGGCUAUGGAGCGACUUCUCCUACAACAAAAAACUGCUACCCAAGACUCAAAUAGCCUUGCAUUGCUGCAAUACAUCUCAAGUCACCUGAAAGUAUCAACCGCCCUCGAACCGGCUCACCUGAACCCGCUCCUAUUAGAUGACAGAGCUCUCUUCCCAGAGACAUGUCCUCACGAAAGCACCAUCCCCUCCAUCUGGUCAUCCCCUCUCGCGAGCCGCUGGUAUGCGAAGACACCCACGACACACGCGGAGGCAGCAAUGCUCGCCCUGGAAGAAGUAGUACACGGAUGGUUCUCAACAUUCCUCGACGACGAGGACCACCCAUCGUUUGCAACACAAGAAGUAUCAGAGCAGCGUGAGACCCUCCGCGAAGAGAUCGUUCGAAUCGUCUCAAUCACGAAAACACCAGAAACCGGGGAGGAAGGUAUGUACGAAUGCUGCCGAUGGGCCAGUUUGAUGUUGUUGGCAGUCGAAGAGGAAGGUGUCCCUAUACCCGUCGCCGCCACACACCAUGUACAGAUCCAGCCCAGACUCGUCAGGUGUCUUCGCAUGACUGACUUAUCCGAUCUCUGGGGAGUACACAAGGGUUUGCUGUUCUGGGUCGCGGCACUUUGUCACGCGGCAAGUGCAGGACAGUGUUUUCCACUGCUAUGCACGACUCUGCUUGCACGAUUUGCGCAAGCAAUUUCCAUGUCAGGAUAUUGCUCCGAGAUGGCUAUCAAGCCAUUAAGACGACUCAAGGCCUUCGAGGCCUUAUGCUGUCGGCAUAGGGUCGAAGAUUUGAGCGCGACAAUCUCGCCUGAUCCUACUAUCUUGUGAGAAGGGUAACGGGGCAUUGCACAAAGAAACUGGCUGAAAUACUAUAUCACUACUGGGUGAGGAUGAGGGCCUUUUCGUUUUUGUAGACCGUCAGCCUGGCGUUUCGAUGGUCAAGUCAACACACACGGUAUACACAAUGAGCAUUCAGUCAGCGACUGCAGCGUCGUAUGCCGGCUGGACUAGGCAGUACCACAGAACAGUCAGACUCCAUGAUUGAUAUGCUGAUUGUCGUGUCACCCUAUAUAAUAACGCUGCUGGACAACAUCUCACUCCAUAAAGUCGACUCCAGCCAGACUUUCAGAUCUACCAAAAUGGACAACCUGUAUUCACCCGCCAAUCACUACAUCUUGCGCAUACUAUGCGAAUCACUCCGGCUUCAGCACAUUAU